GAUUGAUUAUUGUCACUAUGGUGAUAUAAUGUACAUGGCUUCCUGUACAGUAUAAUAUUUUCUAUAAACAAUCAGUAUAACAGGAGGUCAUUUAACGCCAUAGAAAACCAGACAUGGCAGCAGAGAUUUUAUCGAUGAACCCCUUUGCCUACACAGCGACAGGAGAACUCGGAGAAAACAGAGACACGAUGUUAAGCAAUGAAUUGCUGUUGAGAACACAACUAGGAAGACCCAAAAGAAGAGGAUACAGCUCGGCUCCAGCAGAACACUUUGUAUAUGGUCGACCUCUAGAACCACGUCAGGGAGGUGCUGAUGAUGCACUACAUGGAUGGCCACCAAUGAACCCUUUGGCAGCAACAACACUUCCCUUCUCCCGUAAAGAAAAGAAAACUGACAGAGAUUUCAUGGUAUUAAACAAAGCUGCAGUGCAGGCUGGUCUUGUUACUGCCUCAGAAAACUACAAGUUCCGAGCAACUCACGAUGUGAGGAGGAAGACAGCUGGUGAUGAGAACACACGAAGCCGUACACGGAGGAUACCUCCUACCAUGGUGUUUGGCAUCUCUACAAGGCCUUCUACGCCAAUCUUUGACCUCCUAGAACACAAAUACCAAGAUAAAUGGUUGAUGUCCCGUCGUCAAAUGGAGCUCACAAAGAGACAAGAAGAAUCCAAGAGUGCAUCCACUAGAUCAGCAGGAUUUUCCAGUACACUGAAGCAACGACGAAACCCUAACACAGUCUACGAGACACGGGCCUCUCUGCUGAGAACGUACCAAAACCCUGUUGACGAAGCACCACUUUGGCAGUUACCAAAGUUCAAGAAAAAUGCCAGAGCAUCUCUACAAACAUUCCGCUCAGAAGGUGUAAGAAAGCAAGGAUAUGAACAUUUUGAAUCUGACCAAAUUUCCAGGAAAGGACAACUUGGUCACGGAGUAUUUGAAUCUGCAAAGAACUGAUGAUUAUUAUUCACAUGUUUAAGUCCGUCCUAUAUUUGAAAAACAGUACAUCCAUCACAUCUAUCGAUUUUAUUAAGCACACCUUAUAAGUAAUUUUAAUACAUGACACAAGGAUCAUGUACCGAAAAGUAUGCAUGUUUAUAUAUUUAUAUCGGAAGAUAAAAGUGCACAAGCGAUUACGAAAUCCUUGGAAAACAGUAUUUUACAGAAGAUAUUUUCUUGAAAUGUGAAGACAACAUAAGUUGACUCUAGUUAUAUUUAAAUCCCUGCGAUUUACUGUGAAAUACCUCUUCUUUGAUAUAAACAUGAUAUAUUGUAUAUACAAUUUUUUGUUGAAUAUUUAAUUUAUAUCUGUUUGUUUUGUUUGCUGCUUAUCCAUACAAAGACUGGCUACGAAAAAGAAGAACAUGUAUUCACACAGUGUGGUUUCUCAUUGAUUGGAAAAUAUAAUAUUAAAAUGCAAAUGUGUUGCAUGAAUGUUUGAAAAAAAUAUUUCCGUUAUUCAAGCUUAAUGACAUAAAUUCAGUUUAUGUUUGGUAGUGCACAGUUAUUUCAUGUAUAUGUUUUCUUUUUUCUCUCUUUCUUUUUACACUUACUUGGCAUACAAUUAUAAAUUGCUAUGAAGGUCCGGGUAGUAGAACCCGAGGUGAAAUAGUAUUACCGUAAUCAUGUGAUAUAUUAUUGAAGUACAGAAGAAUUCCUACCAAAGUUACAUAAGUGCUAGUCGAAUUGGAGAUUUUAAAAUUCUAAUCAAAUACACCAAGAUUAAUAUUCACGAUUUACGUGUUGAUCCAGUUUAUUUAUCAUAUGUAUAGUUCUUAGCGGAGUAUAUACUUAUACAUUAGGAAGUGAUCAUAUAGAGAAAAAUCAGUAUUUCAAUUGUUCUUAAUCUUGCCUUUUUUAAUAGAAUAAUGAACCGAUUAGUGAAUAUUUCCCUUUUAAUAUCUGUCCUGUGAUUAAAAUUAUAUUUUGGUCAUUAUCUUUUAAAGAAAAUUCUGUCCAUUUUACAAUUUUCAUGAAUUUUAUAACGAAGUAUGGAGUUUGAGCUUGUUUUACAUAUAAACCUUGAAGGAGUCAUACAAGUGUAUAGUGGAAGAGAAAUGGCAGUUUGUUAUAUAGUUCACAAUGAUAGAAUUCCAGAAUCUAGAAAUAUAGCUUAUUCAUUACUGAACAAGAAUCUCUCCCAAAAUAGAUUAGAUAUGAUUAUUUUCUUUAGGUCUUGUUGCCUAGAAUUGUUGCUCGUUUUGUUUGCGUCUGUACAUCAUACAGCUUGUUGCUUGCACUUGUCUGUGAUAUCCCUUGCACAGUGUCAUUGUGCAUGUUAAAGCCACCGUUAAAAUGCAUCUGUGCAUACAUAAUUAUACAAAAUUUGUCAUAUUUGAGUGAAAUAAAAAUACGUUUUACAGCUUG